UUUUCAUACCUAUGUGGCGAAUAGGACAUCUAGGAUUAGGGAGGCUACACAAGUCAGUCAGUGGAGGUAUAUUGACACAAAGAGAAACCCCGCAGACGACUGCUCUAGAGGUGUGAGCGCAGAGAGGUUCAUGAGGAACCCAAGGUGGAUCUCUGGACCAGAGUUCCUUUGGUCAUCAGAAGAGGACUGGCCGAAUGAAUCUGUGGACAAUGUUGAACUUUGUGAAGAUGAUCCAGAGGUGAGGAAAUCUGCAACAGUGAAUGCAAUUAUGCAGACAUGUGAGGAAAGGCCCACAGACAAAUUGAUCAAUCACUUUUCAGAUUGGCUGAAGUUGAGAAUAGCUGUUGCAUGGAUCCUUAAAGUGAAAGAAACAUUAAAACACCUCGUGCAGAAAGGAAAUGACUCAAAGAAAGAUUGUAAGCAGACUCUAAGGGUAACCAGAAUGACAAAAGGGUAUGUCAAAGACAACAUAAAAGAAGCAAUAACGGUGAAUGAUCUGAUAAUGGCAGAAAAGGCUAUUCUAUCGUAUGUACAGAAACAAAGUUUCCCUGAUGAAAUCAACAUGCUGCAAGAGGGCGCUUCCAAUGUGAAAAAAAGCAGUAGCAUAUACAAAUUGGAUCCAGUGCUGGACAAUGGAAUCCUCAGAGUGGGCGGUCGCCUCAGAAGAACGGCAAUGCCUGAGGAAAGAAAACAUCCUGCCAUUUUGGCCAAAAACCACCACGUCUCCACUCUGAUCUUACGCCAUGUCCAUGCUCAAACUGGACAUGGAGGAAGGAACCACAUGUUAUCCCAGGUGCGUAAAACAUACUGGAUUACAAGUGCUAAUUCUGCUUCAAGAAAGAUUAUUUCUCACUGUGUAACUUGCAGAAAGAACAGAGGAAAACCUGGUGAACAAAAGAUGGCUGAUCUGCCAAGGGAAAGGCUAGUCAUGGACUUACCACCAUUCUCCAACAUUGGUCUUGACUAUUUUGGCCCUUUAGAGGUGAGAAGGGGAAGGAGCACAGUAAAAAGGAGGUUUCUAUGCCGAAGAGGCCAGGCACAACACAUAAGAUCCGAUCAUGGCACUAACCUUGUCGGUGCAGAAAGGGAACUAAGAGAAGCACUCAGAACAUUAGACCAAAGAAAGAUCCACCAAGCUCUGAUGAAGGAGGGAGUUCACUGGAGCUUCAACCCCCCCACUGCUUCUCACCAUGGUGGGUUCUGGGAACGCCUCAUCAGAAUGGUAAGGCAUAUCUUAUGUUCAGUCUGCAAACAACAAACACUAGAUGAUGAAGGCCUAAGCACUGUUUUCUGUGAAGUUGAGGCGAUUCUUAACAGCCGGCCUAUUACAAAAGUUUCUGAUGACCCACACGAUUUGGAAGCCCUGACUCCUAAUCACAUUUUGUUGCUCAGGACUAACCCACUUCUGCCCCCUGGAGUGUUUUCAAGGUCUGACCUUUACCACAGGAGACGCUGGAGACAGGUCCAGUAUAUAGCAGAGCUCUUCUGGAAGAGAUGGCUGCUGGAAUACCUACCUCUUCUUCAAGAAAGGCAAAAGUGGUCAAGAGUCAAAAGAAACUUCAUCACUGGAGACAUAGUCCUAAUCGCAGACAACUCAGCCCCUCGCAAUUCAUGGCUACUUGGAAGAAUUUUGGAGGCCAAACCUGACACCAGAGGCCAUGUCAGAGUUGUGAAGCUGCAAACGAAGAGCAAUGUGCUGGAGAGGCCAGUAUCUAAAGUCUGCUUGCUGCUGGAGGGUGAUGACACUUCUGUGAUGGGUUCAGAACAAGUGAAAAAGGAUUAAAGAUAAGUGAACUGAUUCACUUUCCUUUAAUAUUUUUGCAAAUAAUUUAAAAUAAUUCCGGUGCAAAAAGAAAUGGCUCCUUUUAUAAUUUAAUGAAUUAAUUGUCUUUGCCUCUACAAAUACAAUUAGGGGCCGGUAUGUAGGAGCCAAAUUGAACUUCAUGUAAUUCUUAUAUUUUCUUUGUUUAUUGACCGGAGUAAGUGUGUGUGUGCAUGUCUGUGUGCGUAUGUAUGUGAGAGUGGUUGAUUGGAUUGAGUAUGGGCACAGGUCUGUCUGUCCCACCUACAGGAUCCUGGAGGAGGUUGCUGAAGGUGGAGCCCCAGGGGGAUGACCUUAAGAGCUGUAGGCCGCAGCUUGUGGGCGUGGCUGAGAAGGGCAUACAGUCUUUUGACCGUGCUGCUGUGCUGACUUUGGACUUGGACUUAAUAGAAAGCCUUAUAGUGUUUACUUGUUUUACUUUACCACAACUGUCAACAAUAAAUGGUCAGAAGGGACCGACUUGGAACAAAA